AUGGCCAAAACUCUAGCAUUUUUGCUACUCUUACUCCAACUAACCUCUUUCACAACAUUUGCCGAAGACAUUUUUGAUGCAUUGGGUGACAUUUCCGAUUUUAUUAACCCUUUCAAUGCAUUUUCUAAAGAGUCUGAAACUCUUCACAAACCAACACAUGCUCAUUCCCUUCACCACCAAUCUCCCACGCCUUCCCCUAACCACCACCUUCACUCACCAUCACCUUCUCCCUCCCCUUAUCACCAAUUACAUGCUUCCUCACCUCACCACCACUAUCACUCACCAUCACCUGCUCCCUCCCAUCACCACCAAUAUCCUACUCCUUCCCCCCACCACCAACCACAUGCUCCCUCCCCCCACCAUCACUCACUAUCACCUGCUCCCUCUCUUCCCCACCAAUCUCCCGCUCCCUCCCCUCACCACCAAUCUCCUGCUCGUUCUCCUCACCACCACCAUCACUCGCCAAUACCCUCUCCUUCCCCUCACCACCACAAUCACUCACCAUCACCUUCUCCCUCUCCUCACCACCAAUCGCCUACUCCGUCCCCUCGCAACCAAUCUCUUGCUCCCUCCUCUCACCACCAAUCUACCAUUGUACCUGCAAAAUCCCCAAACUAUCACCACCCUCCCGCUCACUCACCAUCGCCAUUGCGUUCCACUCCCAUCCGGGGAAGCGUCAUGGUUGUUCAAGGUGUUGUUUAUGUCAAAUCUUGCAAGAGUAGUGGUCUUGACACCCUCAAGGGGGCUACACCGCUUCUUGGUGCCGUUGUGAAGCUCCAAUGCAAUAGUACCAAGUACAAGUUGGAUGAGACUGAUAAAGACGGUCACUUUUCUCUUGUAGGUCCAAAGAUUAUUACCCUUUUUACGGCUAAACAGUGCAACGUUGUUUUGGUCAGUGCACCACAUGGUCCGAAGCCCUCAAAUCUGCAUCAUGGUAUUACUGGUGCUAUUCUUAGGCCAAAAAGACGAUUUGUAUUUAAGGGCGUUCCCUUCAUUCUCUUCGCCACUCAGCCACUUGCUUUUGAGCCGAUCUGCCCUUGUUAAGAAAAUAAUAAUUUAAAAAUUCCGAGUUUAUAUACACCGUUGCAUUUAGUAUUUAUGUUUUGAUUUUCGCUUUCAUGUUAAAAUAAAGU